GUUUUGUGGGAGGAGACAGAGUGCUGGACAACAACAACAACAGCUCACACCCACCAACCCACCUCAACACACCCACCUCACCUCGCUGCCUGUGACGAUGGAGCGAGCAGACGAGAUUGACGAGACAGACCUGGACGCUGUCGAUGAGCUGCCAGGUCAGCUCACGGAUCCCGAUUCGGAGCGGGAGGGUGGCGCAGGCGGCACGCUGAUGUUCCAAGACACCACGGCCGUGGAUCGCAGGUCAACCAGGUUCGACCGCGAUGAGGAGGACGCUGCCGAACGCGUGCGCAUGGCACGAUCUGAGGCCGGUGGGUUUGAUCAGCCUCCAUCUUGCUACCCAACGCUCGAGGAGCUCUACGGCGGCUCAAACAAGGAAAUGAUUGGCAAGUGUGUGAUGGCACACUGCUGCGAUGAGAAUCCCAAGAAGAUUCACGCCGUGCUGCAGUAUGAACUGCCCAAAGACAAGGCGUUGCGCGACAAGGUGCUCAACAUCGAGCGCAAAGACUACCAGUACUUUGAACGGCUUUCGAGUGCGGAGUUUGAUAAGAUGACGGAUCUUGUGAAGAACGUGCACCGGCGCCGCUUCUUUGAGCUCGAGCUCACGCAGGAAGAUAUUGCAGCAAAGAUUACAGAGCUGCAGGGCCUCGCUGAUGAGGGUGUUGCGACCAAGGCGCAGCUGAAGGACCUGAAGAAGAAGAAGCGCCACUAUGAAGAGCAGGCGGUGGUCAUUGAGAAGGAGCUCAAGGUCACGGAGGGCGAGAACGACAUUGUGUUUGUCAAGGUGCACGUGCCAUUUUCGGUGCUCCUGAACGAGGCAGAGCGCGCCCACCUCAAGAUGCAGCUGCGCACCGACAGCGUGCGCACAUCUGUUUCCCGCCAAACUUCGGAGACGCGCAACCUGCUCAGCCUCUCCACCAUCAUGGAUGGUGUCGACAACGUCAAGCGACACCUCAACUUUGAGAAAACGCUGGACCCGGACGUGUUCCGUCUCGUGUUCACCGUCAAGAACCGCGAAAACUUUGUCAAUCACGACUCUCCACAGCUGUUCUUCACACAGGCACAGGAGCUGUACUUGACGGACCGGGUGCUGAAGACGCGCCGCUACGCUCCGCGCGCAUCUGUACCCGAGGACGACUCGUUCCAGAUUGGCUAUGAGCGGCUCAUCCACAAGGGCGUGUACACAAAGGCGUUCCCACUGCACGACUCAGACCUCUCUGGUCUGCAGCAGGGCCAGCGACUGCAGUUGGACGACAAGUGGGCAAGCUGGAAAAACUGGUACCACCACCAGCCAAUUGACACUGUUCGCGACUACUUUGGGGAGCGCGUUGCCUUCUACUUCCUGUGGCUUGGCUUCUACACCAAGUGGCUGGUCGUGCCGGCUGCUCUCGGUAUUGUCACGUUCUUCAUCGGCACGGGCCUGCUCGACUCUGUGGAUGUGCAGGAACUCUGCAACAGCACGAAGACCAUCUGUGCCACGUGCUCGUCGUGCGAGACGUGGUCGCUCAAAGACGCGUGCCAGGCCUACCGCUACAGCUACCUCAUCGACAACCACGCCACCGUCGCCUAUGCCGUGUUCAUGUGCCUGUGGGCAACGCUGUUUCUCGAGUUCUGGAAGCGGCGGCAGAUCCGCGCCGCGUGGUCGUGGGGCGUGAGCGACUUCCAGAAACUCGAACCACAGCGACCCGAGUUCCAGGGAACGCUCACAUUUGACCAGACAACAGGCCUCUUGCACACGUUUUAUCCGCAAUCGAAGCGCGUGCGUCAGUACAUUGCCAACGCCAUGCUGGUUGCAUCCAUGCUGGCGUUUGUGGUGCUCGUUGUGCUCGGUCUCGCUGUGCUGCGCAUCAUCCUCAGAGACGCCCUCUACAGCUCCAAUCCGGGCGGGGCGGCUGCAAACCAGCUCAACGACUUGGUGACUGUGUUUGUCUCUUCUCUGAUUCUCGUCCUCAUCAUCGUCGCCCUCAACCACGUGUACAACCGGCUGGCUGUUGUACUGACGGAUUGGGAGAAUCACGAGCGCGCCUCUGACUACGAGCACGCGCUGGCCAUUAAAGUGUUUGCAUUCCAGUUUGUCAACAACUUCUGCUCCAUGAUCUACGUCGCCUUCUUCAAGGGAACAUUCAAUGAUCGGCCGGGGCAGGAGGCGCGCAUCUUCGGCUAUGCGCAGGACGGGUGCCCGGAGUACGGGUGCCUGCUCGAGUUGACCAUCCUGCUGGGUGUCGUUAUGAUCGGACGUCAGGCCGCAGGCAACAUCCGCGAGAUUGUGGUUCCAAACGUGUUUGCGUUUGUCAACCGCCGCUCUGCCCGAUACACAAAGCGCCGCUCCUCCUACAUGCAGGCAGCUGUGCCGUGGGAGGCGCAGUCGGUCAUGGCGGGCGUUGGCAAGCUUGGCCUCAUCCAGGAGUACCUGGAAUUGAUGAUCCAGUUUGGGUUCAUAACGCUGUUUGUGACGGCGUUCCCGCUGGCGCCGCUGUUUGCGCUCAUCAACAACGUCACAGAACGCCACGUCGACGCCAUCAAGAAGACAAGGAUCCACCGCCGAUCGUUUGCAGACGCGACGAGCAGCAUCGGCGUGUGGUUUGACAUCCUCAACUUCCUCAGCGCCCUCGCUGUUGUGUUCAAUGGCUUUGCCAUCGCCAUCACCUCCAACUACAUCCCGCGGCUCGUGUACUCGGAGACGGAGGGCACGCUGCGCGGCUUCAUUGACGCGCGCUACUCGUACGACGCAGCCAACGACUGCUUCUACCGGGUAAUGCACGCAGACGCAGACGCAGACGCAGACACAUAA